GCCCCCGCCGGGGGACCCCGCGCGUCCCCGCCCGAGCCGCCGCUGCCUCGGGCGCGCCGGGACCGGGCAGCGGGAGGAGCAGCGGGGAAAGCACGGGGGCCUCCUCAUCCGCUUCCUUCUCGUCCGCGUGCGGCGGCGGCAGGCGCAGCAUCCUGGAGAGCGGGAGGCCGGGAACAAAGGCUCCGCGCCAGCACCGGCGGCUCCACCUGCCCUGCCCAGCGGAGAUGGCGUCCCUCGGCUUAGGGGGGCUCAACGUCUCCGCCCGGAGGAAGAGCGUCCCGUCCCGCAACGCCGCGGUGGAGAGGCGGAACUUGAUCACGGUGUGCAGGUUUUCAGUCAAGACUCUGAUUGACCGUUCCUGUUUUGAAACUAUCGAUGAUACUUCCCCUGAAUUUAAUAAUUUUGCAGCCAUUCUGGAACAGAUUCUAAGUCAUCGACUGAAAGGUCAGAUCACCUGGUUCGGCUAUGAAAGCCCUCGUAGUUUCUGGGACUACAUUCGCGUAGCUUGCCGAAAAGUCUCUCACAAUUGCAUCUGCAGUAUUGAGAACAUGGAGAACGUCGGUUCUUCUAGAGCUAAGGGUCGAGCAUGGAUAAGAGUAGCACUUAUGGAAAAACAUUUGUCUGAAUACAUUUCCACAGCUCUGAGAGACUUCAAAACAACAAGGAGGUUUUAUGAAGAUGGAGCAAUUGUUCUUGGUGAAGAAGCAAAUAUGCUUGCUGGUAUGCUGUUGGGACUCAAUGCAAUUGAUUUCAGUUUUUGUCUGAAGGGUGAGGGAUUGGAUGGAAGCUAUCCAGCUGUCAUAGAUUAUACACCGUACUUGAAGUUCACCCAAAGUUCUGACAGUAUCAGCAGUGAUGAAGAAGAGCUGAGAACGCUGGGCAGUAGUGGCAGUGAAGGCAGUACUCCAGAGAACAUUGGUCCUCCUUUCAUCACAGAUGAAAACAGUUGGUACAACAAAUGCAAAAGGGUAGAACAGAAGUACCGGCUUGCAUUGGAACAGAAGGGUUAUCUUGAAGAAUUGGUACGACUCAGAGAAAACCAGCUGUCUGAAUCUGUCUCACAGAAUAAACUCCUGUUACAAAGAAUUGAAGAUAUGGAUCUAGCCCAUAAAAUGGAGAAGGAGCAGCUGGAAUAUAUCAUUGUGGAACUGCAAGACCAGUUAACUGUGCUAAAGAAUAAUGACUUGAGAUCAAGACAAGAAUUAACUACUCACCUCACCAAUCAGUGGCCUUCCCCAGGAGCUCUGGAUGUCAAUGCUGUUGCCUUGGACACUCUACUCUAUAGAAAGCACAAUCAACAGUGGGAUGAGAAAAGUUUUCAAAGUCUGGACCAGCUUUCAGCAGAAGUUAGUCUUUCUCAAUCCUCUCUGGAUCCAGGUCACUCACAGGAUGGGAAGCAAGAUGGAAUUAACUUGUUAAAUGAAGGAAAGGAAGACACUCCAUCAUUGCUUGGUCUUUGUGGCUCUCUUACAUCAGUAGCAAGCUACAAGUCUCUCACAAGUCUGAAAUCAAGUGAAUACCUUGCAAGUCCCACAACAGAGAUGACAAGUCCAGGCUUAACACCAUCUUGAGAUGCACUCAAGAAGGAAGAGCUUUAUGUUGUAUGCAUUUGAUUUAUGUUCCAUAAGAUGACUUGCAGUGAAGACUGCUAGUUCUGAGUUAAAAAAUAAGCUGCUUUAUUUUUUAUUGUCAUGGAUACCUUUAUAAUUCACAAAUUGGAUCAGUUUUUGUUUGCUUUUUCUUUCCCCCAGAGGACUUAUCAGAUACUCUAUUUUAGUCUGGAAUUAUUUAAAUCUCUUGUUCAGGUACAGAAUGUAUAAUGUGAUGUUUAUGACUGGUUUUUAAAAUUAAACAGUCAGAAAUCAGACCCAUACUUAAAUGCCAUCAGCUUUGUUUCUCCUUGCACUAGCCUGGACCGGCUCUAGCCACUGUACUCCGCAGUGCUUUAAAUAUUUAUCAACUCCUGCAGAAGAGACAGGGAAUCCUGAACACCAGUCUUUGUAGGCAAAUAAAUACCUAAAAAUCCAGCUUUUCAUCUGUGUAUGUUGCUUAGGACCUCAGAUAGCAUAUUUAACCUAUCAACAGCUUCUCUCAAGUUGACUCCGUGUUAGGUUUUGCAUUCCUGUUAAUAUCAUGGCACUUAGGAGAUGCCCCAGUCACACUGAAAUACAAACACUUGAAAUUGCAUGUGAAUAACAAAUGUAACUUGAUCAUAUAAAUCAAGCAUACAUAGAGAUUUGUGAAUGGUGAGCAAACUCACUAAAUGCUUUUAAGUGGCCUGGGUUACAGAUAAACUAACAUUAUACAAAAAGUUUCUUGCUGAAAAGAUGGGGGCUAUGGAUGAUGGGGGUAAGCAUUUUGCAAAGUUAGGAUUCUGUGUUUAUUGGCAAGAUCCCAAGGAGAGUGGAAAAGGGGAAACAAUGUAAUGGCUGUAUUUGUGUGUUAAAGGACUUUUCUCAUCCCUAUAGUAGUGCAAUAGGCAUUUUUCUUGCUUAGGUAAUACAGCAGAAAUUCUCUAAGUCAGUUUUCUCAAAUUAUUUGCCAUUGAUUUAAAUUACUGACACGAAAAAAAAUGGGAGACAUUUUUUAAAAUGUAACUGACUUUCCAGAUUACCCUACAGUUUCAAAGUUUGCAAAAUAAUUUUUGAAUUGCAAACUAUAUUCUUAAUUCUUUUUAAGAUACAAUGGAUCCUUUAUCUAUGAAUUUUGGUAAUCAAGGUAAUGCUUAUCAGUAUGAUUAGUAACUUUUUAAACAAAAGUGAAAUGCAUGUAAGUAUGUUGUAUUUAUAAGUGCUAGGGAAAAUGCUUUUUUGUGCCAAAGAAGUUUCAUAAAUUGUUUACAUGAGUAGCUGCAAUACAAGACAGAUUUUUAAUUAUUGCUUACUCCUAGGUGUUUACAGUAUGUCACUACACUCUGUACAGGUUUAGUUGAUUUGCCUCUUGUGAUGAUACCUUGGCACUGCUGCUUUAAACUGGUCACCAUAGGGUGGGCUUGAAAGAAAGAAGAUUCAUUCUUACUUUAACUGAAAUAUUUAGUCUUUUGAAGUAGGAGGCUAUGCAUUUCUGGAACUCAAGGCGCUGCUGGAUUUAGCUAGAGGAUAAGAAUCCAUCUCCUCAGCUCUCUAGUCCAUGCUGCUGGAGUACACUACUUCCAUGGCCGGGUGCACAACCAGUGAUGCUAUUUUAAUGCAGAAUUUUGAAGUAGUUUAACAGAACCACCAGGUCUUUCAAGCCCUUGUGUACCCACACAGGUAAUUUCUCUGUAAUAAAUGCUGACCAUUACCUCCUUUCAUACACCUUCAGAAUGUCCAUUACUUCAUGGAACUUUUUUUUGAUCACAUUAAGCACCUGUUUCUUGAGUAACAUUAUUAAAUAUAAAUUUGUAAAUUAGAGAUACAUUUUUACUACAAAUAAAAUGCAGGAAUCCAGAUUCCACAAGUUAACAUUCUGCAUCAAUGUACAGUGAUUUAAUCAGUCUUGUUUGCUGUUAAAUACUUUUCAUGCCACAUCAGUGUUUUGGAGGGGGCAGUAAUCAUGAUCUUCAGUCAUGUUCACUGAUGGCUCUUUUCUUAGAGCUAAAUGUGUUGUUUAGCUGAAGUCUUUUAUGUAGUCUGACACGUGUUUCGGGUGUCAUUUUGUGCAUGGGCAAUCAGUUAUGUGCAUCUUUCUCAGUUCUAAACAUUAACCAUUUUUUUGAAAAGACUUUUAAACCGCCAAAACUGUAUGUUUUGUUGCCUUGACGUUCCAUAAAUGUUGCAUGUAAAUUAAAAAUUUUGUAUCAUCACUAGUCACAAGUUGUCUCUGUUUUAAUCACACGGGAUAAAGUAAGACCAUUCUGUAUAUUACAGCAUUACUGAGUUUUUAGCAAAUGCUUUUCUUGCACAAGGUUUUCUUGCUCUGUAUUGUUCAGUGUCAUCCAAUAUCAGCUGCUACUAUGUUCUCUUAGGCCUUAUUUUGUAAAUUUUCAUUCAAAAGUCACAGUGGAAGAACAGUGUUAAGCAUCUGCUCUGGCAGCACCUCUUGCCUAAUGUGGUCCAUAAUGUCUUUACAAGUAGAACAUUUUCCAGUGUGUGAGGAAUUUUCACCUUGGACUGAACUCUAUUUCUUGGGUAAAGCACACCCAAAUGUCAGUGUCUUAAUGAUCUGACUACUGAGUUACUUUUGUAUCAGCACCCCCCUCAUUAAAAUACACAAAAAAUAGAAUUCAAGAGCUGCAUUGAAAACGCAUGAAAAGAGGGAGGUAGUGAGGGUAGUUAAAAAUUAUUUAAAUCAUAGAGAGGCAGCUCUGAUUUAGUGAUUGGAGUGCCUGUAGCCAAGGGCAGUGCUGCAGCUGUCCCUGCCAGCAGUGCAGCACGUGGGGGCAGAGGGUGGCUGUGCCCGUGGCAGCAGCCUGCACACCCUCUUGCCUUCAGAGGGGCGCAGGCCUGAGGCAAGCUGGCACACAAUCACCUCUCCCUGUGCCAGCAACCUUGGCCUUACAAGACAGGUGGCCCCAAAGCGUGCACAGCCCAGCCCUGCCUUGGAGCAGUGUGACAGUGACAACGGGCAGCUCCCAGAACACGUGCAGGAGUGUUCCUGCAGAGCACCUGAACAGGUCUUUGGCUUCACUGUAUAGGUGUGCUUUAAUUUCUUCCAGUGUUACCUUAAACAAAAACCCCUGCUCCGCCAUCAGUGUGUGCACCA